AUGGUUCAUACACAGCCGCGGUUAAACGGACAGCCGGUGAAUCUGGUGAAGCUGUACAAUGAAGUUGCUAUUCGUGGUGGGUCAAGGCGGGUCACCUCACUGUCGCUUUGGGAGGAGGUUGCCAAAUCGAUUUCACUGACAAAGGACUGCGUGAAUAUUGGCCAUGCAGUGAAAAAUGUCUUUCAGAAAUACCUAGAGCACUUUGAGCGGGUACAAUGCAGCUUGGACGGACAAUCAAGUUCAGACGUGUCACAGGUCAUGGAAAUUGAUCUCGCCAACGAUUCUACCAACAGUUUACAAGUUGUCGAAAACCACCUACGUCACCGAUGGAAUUUAAGCACUGAUCUCAUCGAAUCCGUUGAAUACCGAGCUCUCCUGCUAGCCUUGCAAUCGGGUCUGCCUAAUGAAUUGGACUACGCAAUCAACACCAUUCUCCUCAUGUCCUCUCAACCGAAUGGUUUUGAGUUGGGCCGAUGCCCUCAAAUCCUUCCUCUCAUGCUCUCCACUGUGGGUAUAUAUUCCACAAGUAUGUCAAUCGUUGUUAUCGCUUUAAUGCUGUUCCCCUCAUUAGGUCCAUGUUCAUACCGUUUUCUAAAGGAGGCCUGGCAAUCUCAGUGCAAUCGAGAUUUCCACAAGUUCUGGCUUUGCGUUGUCAACAGUAAUUAUGGCCGACAGUUUCUCAACCCCGAUAUCUUUUCCGGUAAGCGCCUUCCUAAGUCUACCUCGGAACCACCGCCUUACUCCUGUCCCCUAACAUUUCGCGACACCAUGACCUACCACGACGUAGAGGGUUUCCGCGUUCAGCUGGUCGCGAUGGUGUUGCGGAAUCUCGUCGUGAACGCCUGUGGCAACUCGGUCAUCCUCAGUCAGGAGCCGGAUGUGUUCCGUUUCAUCUGUUUGUGCAUUUACUCCUCGCACACGGCUCUGCGUCAACUUGGGCUCGACACGCUCUCCUUCCUCCACUUUCCUGUCGUCGGACCGCUCUCCGAUGUCCUUGCUCGACUCCUCCCUGAACUCCUCUCCUCGCAGGACCGCGUCGACGCUACCAGGGGUCUCAUGAUUAUCCGCAACCUCUGCGAAUCGCCUGUUCAGUCGCAUCAGGGCAGUCCUGGCUCCAUGCACAACUACCUCAUCGAGACCUCCUCAAGGAAUGUUGAUUUCCUCACCCAGUCCCUUCCCAAACAGGUGAUUAGUGUGAUCGUGCAACUGGCCUGCCUUCGCGACCUGCACAUGCUCGUGUUGGCUCUGGACGCGUUGUUCGCGCUCUCGGCGCAGGGUCCGAUGCUCUGUGGCGGUCUUGUCGACGAGCGACACCGUCUCGUCCCGAUCCUGGUGGGAUAUCUGACCUUUGAGGCGCAGUCAUUCGGAUCUGAGGGACUUAUCAGGAUUCGAGUCAUGCAGGUCCCAGGGUCGACCGCUACCGCCGUCGCCGCCGCCACCACCACCGCGGUCUGUACGCCGUCCCAGUCCCAGCCAACCCCGGCGCGGCGUAUUCUGGAGAAGCCCUCCAACGUUGUCAUGCCGCCACCUGCACCUGUGAGAAGGAUCACCCCGCCUUCCCUCACCACCACCUCCCUCCUGCUUAGCCCGCCACCGCAACCCCACGCCGGCUGCUACGCUGUCCCGGUGCCAGUAACUGCCGCCGCUCCUCCUGCCCCCCAGCAAACCAAGCCUAAGCCAACAUCGUCCCAGGAACCCUCAUCACUGCCACCCACUCCGAUUGCUAGGGCCCCCACGCCGUCAGCGACUGCGAGUGGUGCUGUGCCGACGUCAGCGGUCGAGAGCACUGAUUCCCCGACGCCAUCGACUACGAUGGUAAUCGCGUCGAUUCAGCCCCAGCAGCCAGUCGUGCCGCGGGCCUCCGUGUUGCCCGUCGUUGUCACCGCGCCCAAACAGCUAAUCUCGCCACCGGCAGCCAACGGUAAGCAGGGUGAGAGGAAGUCAAACCCACCGGCGUUGCCGGCGUCGCAGCAAUCACGACAACUGCUCCAGUCGUCGUCUUCCCCACUCAUCAACACCCUCCCCAAGCCGUAUCCCAACGCGCCGACAGACAAGCGCGAAUUUGCCGUCUUUUGGCUUAACAAAAACUACGAGGUGCAUCCGCAGUCGAGCUUUCCACGGGUACAGAUCUACGCCGAUUACCAAAAGGCCCAUCAGGCGCAGUUUGGCUCCUCCUCUGGUGGCGCUCUCUCUGCUGGAGAUUUCCACGCUAUGAUCAAAACCGUGUUUCCCCCCGUUGACCAAGUGAAGGUCCUCGUUCCAAACGGGAACGUCGAGAUCCACUACAACAAGCUGAAACAUGUGGACGCCCCUGAACCCGUGGAGCAGACUCUUGGUGUUCAGCACAUGCUCGGAACGUGUCUGGCCAGUCAGAAUGCCGAAGCGAAGAGCCUGACUCCCAAGGCCGCGGGCACCCCAAAACCAAACCGUAAACGCACAGCCUUCAAUCUGAUCGAGACGCCGGCUGCCCUCGAGCCGGUUGUGAAACAGGUGCGUCUGGUUGAUGAGUCGGCGAAGGCAAAUGGCGCGAGUCUGACAGCCGCCGCCGCCCCCACUACCACCCUUCUCAACGGCACAACCGCGCACCCAAUCAAACUCGUCGCGACGAACGCCGCCACCUUUGUCGAUGGUCUUAUCCCUGUCUCAUCUAACGGUCCGAUUGAGCUCACCUCAAACGGUAUCCAUCUGCAACAACCGGUUAUCGCGGCCUCCGCCAUUGUUUUUCCAAGCAUGGAUGGAAAGCGCAUGCUAAACGGUGUUACCAGUGGCGGAGGAGGUGGCGGCGGCGGCGGUGGUGGUGGGACAACCACCGCCACGUUGAUCGACACUUCGCAAGGCGUCCUCCAGUUUCGGACACUCCUGCCCACGACUUCCGCCACCACCGCUGCGGUGAACCGGGUCUCCAAUCAGGUGUCAUCCCAGUGCAGACCCUCUCUUGUCAUGCAAUCGAGCGGCGGUGGCAGCGAGGUGACGGCUCACCCUACCCUUACUUGUCUAGGGACGUUGGUAACGGCAGCCGGUGGAAGCUCAGUGUGCGGUGGCAUGGCGUCCGCACCGCAACAGGUCUUUGUCUACUCCAUUGCCCCCCAAACACCGUUAUCGAUCGGGCCCACGGCCACCAUCCUUCCCACCCUGUCUCACCUCCCCCUCGUGAAUACUGCGUUGUCGCAGCAGCAGCAGCAGCAGCAACGAACUUACCCACCAACCUGCUGUUGUCAGUGGGCUGAGUGUCGGAAGACCUUUACGUCAGCUGACCGCCUUUUUUCGCAUAUCUACUCAGCGCAUUUCACGCCGAUUCGAGGUCAGCAGGACACGACUUGCAAGUGGUUGAACUGCAAGGAAUCCAACAAUCGACGAAGCCCUUUAUCGUUGUUGGAUCAUUUGCAUGACCAACACUGUGCUGCUCGUCCCACUGCUGGUACCACGAAGGUCCUCGCUUCUAGCACUAACGCCACCGUCAGCGCACCAACGCAACCGUCGUCAACAGACCCCGUUGUCUCAGACGAACCAGAUAGACCGGUGUUGACUGCGCUGGCUGCCACGAAGCCCUCCGUCUCUGCGACCAGAGCCACCGUGGCGGAGCACGAGUUUCGUCAGUCCCUCCAGGCUGAUUUCACAGCCGUCACGUCGGAGGCGCUGCGAGAGGGUCCCGUCACGAAGCACGUUCGUCUCACUGCCGCCUUGAUUCUCCACAAUCUGGCGACCUACUCACCGGUCGCUCGAAGGCAGCUGAGGGCCUACGAGGCGUUGCUUUGCGAGGUGGCUUUUUCAGGAACGGAGGCUUCUAGUACUCUCGCCAAGUGCUUGGCCCUCCUGUCUUCGUUUGCAUCGAACGAGUCGUCGGAAGCCCAGAACACCGAUCCUUCAUCACUUCACGACCUCAGGUAG